UCCGAUCACAAGAUGGAGCAAUGUGUCUAUUUAUAUGACUUGUUCAUUUACUGUAGAUACUUGUACACUGAGUAUCUUCAAAAGUAUUCUCGUCAGGUCAUGUAUUCUAAUCAGUCAGGUCAAACCAAAUCAACAUUACAUGACAGAAAUAAUGGGUGCUAACUUUCUGUAAUUAAAUGACUUUAUCGUAAUUAAAUUACAACGCACAUACCGAGACUUUAGAGCAUGAUUCGACAGAAUGGCAGCAUGUUUACCUACAACCGUUAGUGCUAGUACUAGCUUGCUAGGCUACCUAACGUUUUGUUGGCUGCUUGUGAGCCGUAUAGUAUUAAAACUAUGUGAACGUACUUCAAGCAAUCCUUGAAUGAAUGUCUUCUCCCGAGCACUGGUGACUCUCACCACCACACGUUUUUUCCCCAUUAUGUUCUUUUUUGACCAACACAAUACAUGCGCGAUUCACGGUUGUCGUGGUUGUGGUAACGAGUGUAUCUGGUCGCGUUUCAGUUGACAAGAUAAAGCCCAGUGAUGGUAAAAGACGGGAUAGAUAGAAGAAGAUAUUAUUGCAGUAGUCUGACAUAGUGCAAUCGCGAAAGACCAAAUUUGUCUUGUAGUCCGAUCCAGGCAUUACGUGUUUAUCUCAGACGUAAGUAUUUUCACCUUGAGGGAGAUGUGAUGAUGCCAUCAACAAGUGUUAUCGCGAUUGGUUGGUGGAAUCCAAAUCUAUUCCGUAGGCCAAGUUGAUGCUGUCUACUGUGCGUAUACUGCACACCCCAAGCAGAAGCGAGGUACAAUAAACUUGUUGCGAUGCAUACAACAGAAUAAGUCAUGGCUUCCUUUUGACUCGACCAGCGACACUAUGUCCAGAUUUUACACUCACUCAGGGACGAAAUUGAGACGAGAUCGUCAUGAUUUCACUAUUAUACUUCUGUGCCGUUUUUGUUUGCUGGGGUGCCAUACAAUUUUUCUUUCUGUAAAAUGGGUGUCUUGGUUCCAAAUAGGUAUUUGGACUCAAGAAUACUUACCAAACUAAACAGUAUAUGACUUCAAAAAAUGUUGUUCCUUGAGCUAAAAACAAAAGUUGCAACUGUUGCCAGAUAAAAAGUUCAUAACACUAUUGAGACUCGUACGAUGUUGGGUGACCAGGAUUCAGCAUAAUCGAAGAACUCAAAAUGUUGCCUCAAGACUUGAAGCAGAUCCGAGUGCUCAUGCUCAAUGACAAAGAGAAUUUAGAGAGGGCGCUCUUCAGACUUGAUCAAGGUUUUGAGCUCCAGUUCCGUCUGGGUCCAAGUCUUCAGGGCAGGAUAGUUACAGUGGAAACCAACUACCCACUUGAAGGACAGAGAUUUCGACGAAACGCAUUCCGUGCUUUGGCCUGGAACAACCCAACAGGACGGGAGGAUGAUUCUGAUAAGUUUUGCUAUCUGGAUAUCAAGCUAGCGGGUUCUUAUCAGUACUACUUUGGAUUCGGAGACACAGAGAAGUCAGGAGGGGGCUACAUUGUUGUCAACCCAAUUCUUCGUGUUGGAUCAGAGAACCGUGUCCUGCCAUUAGACUGCAUCACCAUUCAGACCUAUUUAUCCAAGUGUUUGGGUCACUUAGAUGACUGGCCAGCCCGAUUGCAAGUUGCAAAGGAGUCAGGGUACAACAUGAUCCAUUUCACACCUUUGCAGACGCUAGGAGAAUCCAGGUCAUGUUACUCCUUGGAAGACCAGCUAACCUUUAGCCCUGAGUUCAGCCCAGAUGGCCAAAACUAUAACUGGACAGAUGUGGGGGCACUUGUGGAGAAGUUGAAGGCAGAAUGGAACAUACUGUGUAUUACUGAUGUGGUGUACAACCAUACUGCUGCUAAUAGCGUGUGGAUCAGAGAGCAUCCAGAAUGUGGUUACAACCUGGUGAACUCUCCCCAUCUACGUCCAGCCUGGGUCUUGGACAGAGCUAUCUGGCAUUUAACCACCAGGAUAGUCGAAGGAAAGUACAAGGACAUUGGCCUUUCUGCUCAUAUCACCAAUGAAAAUCAUCUGAAUGCGAUCCGAAGUGUGCUGUGGCAGGAUGUGUACCCUCGAAUCAAACUGUGGGAGUUCUACCAGGUCAAAGUGGACAGUGCUGUGGAGCAGUUCAGAAAUCUCCUACGAAAUGGAGUGAAACCAGACCAGAGUAAGACUGGAGGGACAAAAGGCCUCAUCAUCCAGGACCCUGCUUGGGGACGUUAUGGCAGCACCGUGGACAUGAACUCUGCUCUUAAAGAAUUUGUACCUCACAGUUCUUCACUUCAGGACAUAGAGCAGUGCUGCUAUUUGUUGCGACAGAAACUGAACCAGCUUAAUGAGGAACAACACGACAUUGUGCAUCAGCAUCAAGAACAGGCAGCCAACUGCAUUGUGGGAAAUGUAAUGUAUGAGCGUCUGGCAGACCAUGGACCUAAAUUAGGCCCAGUUAGCAAGAAGAACCCUCUUGUUACCAGGUGUUUCACCUUCCCAUUUCAAGACAUGACACUCGAGCAGGAGAUGCAGAUGCUGGAUGAGCCAGACAAGACAUGUCACUUCCUUGCUCACAAUGGUUGGGUGAUGGGGGAUGACCCGCUGCGCAACUUUGCAGAGCCAGGGUCAAAUGUCUACAUUCGCCGGGAGUUGAUAUGCUGGGGCGACAGUGUCAAACUUCGCUAUGGCAAGGGACCUGAAGACUGCCCUUAUCUGUGGGCUCACAUGAAGAAAUACACUGAAAUAACUGCCAAAUAUUUUCAUGGAGUCAGACUGGAUAACUGCCACUCGACACCAUUACAUGUCGCAGAGUUCAUGCUAGGUGUGGCUAGAGCAGUGUGCCCUAACCUGUAUGUGGUGGCUGAACUCUUCACUGGCAGUGAGGAACUGGAUAACAUCUUCGUUACAAAACUAGGGAUUACAUCACUGAUACGAGAAGCCAUGUCAGCUGGUGAUAGCCACGAAGAGGGCAGAUUGGUCUAUCGGUAUGGCGGUGAACCAGUUGGAGCUUUUGUUCAGCCUAGUCUCCGCCCACUGGUGCCCUGCAUUGCCCAUGCCAUGUUCCUCGAUGUAACCCAUGACAACGAAUGUCCUAUACAGCUGCGUUCAGCACUUGACUCUCUUCCAAGUUCUGCUAUGGUCUCGAUGGCCUGCUGUGCUACCGGCUCUACCCGAGGAUAUGAUGAAUUAGUACCCCAUCAGAUUUCUGUUGUUAAAGAGGAGCGUUUUUACCCUAAGUGGAACCAUUCUGCCUCCCUGACUUCCACUAGCGAGGUUGGACCCCAGACUGGCAUCAUUGCUGGGAAACUGGCACUCAAUAAGUUGCAUCACGAACUCGCUGCUCAGGGCUUCAUAGAGGUCUAUGUAGACCAGGUUGAUGCAGAUAUUGUUGCUAUUACUCGUCACUGUCCCAGCACCCAUCAGUCGGUGGUGGCAGUGUGUAGGACAGCUUUCAAGAACCCGAAAACACACCAGUAUAGCACUGAUGUGCCACCAAUGUUUAUACCUGGAAAAAUUGAGGAGGUAGUGUUGGAGGCCAGGACAGUGGACAGACAUUCUGGAAGCUUCAAAAAGGAUGACAACUACAUCAAUGGCAUGCCUGAAUACUCAGUAGAGAUAAAAGAGCAUAUUCCAUUACAGGAGAGCGCAGUGGUGAACCAAGCUGGUGUGACAUCUAAAGGUCGAUCAGAGUUUGUCCAGGAAAUCAGCUUCAAGAGAUUGACGCCAGGAAGUGUCAUUGCCUUCAGGGUUAGUUUGGACCCUAAAGCCCAGAAGUUGGUUGGGGCACUGCGGUAUUUUCUGUCACAGUUUAGCCUAAAAUACAGAAAAGGCAGUCUUACAGAUGAAAACCCAGCAGAGGCCCUGAAGAUGCCCUUGGCACAGCUGAUGUCAAAGCUAACACUAGCAGACAUGAAUGUCCUGCUAUUCCGCUGCGAUUCAGAAGAACAAGAGGAUGGUGGAGGCUGUUACAAUAUUCCAGGAUGGGGAACCUUCAAAUAUGCAGGCCUACAAGGUCUAAUGUCAGUUUUGGCUGAUAUUCGUGCCAACAAUGACCUAGGCCAUCCGGUGUGUUCUAACCUCAGACAAGGCGACUGGCUAAUGGACUAUAUCUCCAAUAGACUCGUACAUAGAGAAGGACCUCUGGCACAGAUCUUCAUUAUUUGUCUUCAGGUUGGACAAUGGCUGGAGGCCAUGUUCACUUAUCUGAAGCACAUCCCACGCUAUCUCAUUCCCUCUUACUUUGAUGCAAUCCUUGUAUCAACUUUCACCACAGCUCUGGAUGCAACUUACAAACUCAUGUCAAGUUUCGUUCAGAGUGGCUCAAGCUUUGUGCGACACUUGGCAUUGGGUUCUCUUCAGAUGUGUGGAGUCGGACGCUUCCCCACUCUUCCUCCUCUUUCGAUCCAAAUUGAGAAUGUUCCGUAUUGCAUCAGCCCAAUAACUGGCCAGAAGGAGCAGUGCUGUGUGACAGCGGCUGCAGGGCUUCCCCAUUUCUGUACUGGAAUUUUCCGUUGCUGGGGCAGAGACACUUUUAUUGCUCUCAGAGGACUGAUGCUGCUGACUGGGAGACACACCGAAGCCCGAAACAUCAUCUUGGCCUUCGCAGGGACAUUACGUCAUGGUUUGAUCCCAAACCUGCUGGGAGAGGGUCGCUUCGCCAGAUACAAUUGCCGUGAUGCUGUAUGGUGGUGGCUGCAGUGCCUCCAGGAUUACGUCAGCCAUGUUCCCCAAGGGCAUUGUAUCCUCCAGUCUCCUGUCACACGCAUGUACCCAACUGAUGAUAGUGAGCCCUGUAUACCAGCAGAAGUGGAGCAGCCUCUGUAUGAUGUGAUCCAAGAGAUUCUGCAGCGCCACCUUGAGGGAAUUUCCUUCAGAGAGCGAGAUGCUGGACCCAAGAUAGACAUGAACAUGAGAGACGAAGGUUUCAAUGUGGUUAUUAACGUGGAUCCUGCAACAGGCUUUGUCCAUGGAGGAAACCGUUUUAACUGUGGGACCUGGAUGGAUAAAAUGGGAGAGAGUGAGAGAGCAAGAAACAAAGGCAUACCUGCUACUCCCAGAGACGGAGCAGCUGUGGAGAUAAUUGGUCUAUGUAAGUCAACCAUCCGCUGGAUUGUGGCGCUACGUGUCAAAGGACUGUUUCCUUAUGAUGGAGCCAAAGUACACAGAAAUGGUAAAGAGGUGUUUAUCUCAUACACCAAAUGGAAUGAACAAAUCCAGCAGUCCUUUGAUCCAUGUUUCUGGGUGUCUGGCGAGCCAAUGGACCCCAAUGAGAAGCAUUCUGACCUUGUACACAAAAAAGGUAUCUAUAAGGACAGUCAUGGAGCAUCUAGCCCCUGGUGUGAUUACCAACUGAGACCAAACUUCACUAUCGCCAUGGUAGUGGCUCCAGAACUUUUUGCAGUGGAGCGAGCCUGGAAGGCUCUUGAAAUGGCUGAGGAGAAAUUACUGGGACCCCUUGGGAUGAAAACCCUUGACCCGGAUGAUAAGGUCUACUGUGGUGUGUAUGACAAUGCACUGGACAAUGACAACUAUAACGUGGCAAAGGGCUUCAACUACCAUCAAGGACCGGAGUGGCUAUGGCCUGUUGGAUACUUCUUGCGUGCUAAACUGUACUUCGCCAGAAAGCAAGGCGAAGAAACCUAUGCGAAGACCGUGACCCUGGUCAAAAAUGUUCUUUCACGACAUUAUACUCAUCUGGAGAGGUCUCCAUGGAAAGGUCUGCCCGAGCUAACGAAUGAGGAUGGCCAGUACUGCCCCUUUAGCUGUGAGACUCAAGCAUGGUCUUUGGCUACUGUGCUGGAAGUACUGUAUGACUUCUAGAAAACUUCUACAAGGCUCUGUCCAAUAUCUUUUAUGCUGUGCUACAGUUGAAAUGUGUAUUAAAUUUCAUUGGUUUGGCAAUGUAUUGCAUGUUGCAAUUAAUAGAAUUCCAAAAAAUGUCAUACUCAUACUAGAAUUUAUUUAAAGGUCCUUUAUUUUGCAAAACAACUUUUUCUUGUAUUUGGGAUGUAAUAUUGUCUCUAUGGUGCCUCAGUAAACGUGAAAUCUGAAUGAAAAUCAUCUCCGCAUUCCUGAGUCCCAGAUAUUCUUCUGGUGACAGGCCUGAAAUGAGGUCAUUUGAAUUUCACAAGCUUAUCUAUGUCACUAGUGAAGAUCUCUGCUCCUGAGCCAGCACUGUCAACAUAACAAACACGUGCUCUCACAAGUGGGUCUUUUCGGAUACAAAACUGGGUCAGACAGAAGUGCUGUCAGAGGGCCUUUUCUGGACACUCGUAUGACAAAACCAAUGUGUUUUUGAAAUAUAUUUGACACUUUUUUACGAAGUGUGUAGUUUUUAUACUACAUGUGAGUCACUCUAUGGAGGUUUAGCCAAAAUAAGGGAUCUUUAAAGUGUUUCUCAUUAAAUAAAGUAAUUUCGCCUAAAGUUAUUUAAUCAUGUGGGUGGUUACACAUUUCCACCCUAACCCAUUGAGAUUAGUAGUUGCUGUCCCAGAACAUGGCAAAGAUCUUGCCACGCAUUUAAUUAUUUGAAUGUCCAAAGUCAAUGGCUGUGUGAAUGCUCAUUUGGUUAAUGUCCUGCUUCAGGGAGUUCUGUCUGAAAGGGACAAGCGACCAAUCCACGUGCCGCCAAUUUGCUGGGAAGAGAGUGGUGAAUAGAAUAGAAAGUGUUUAAUGUCAUAUGUUGCAGAUACAACAAAAUAGGGUGCAACUCCAAGCUUGUUUCAAGAAUCAAAAUUACAAUAGAAAACAAAUCAAAUAAAAGCAAUACUAAACAAGACUACAUUAUGCUGUUCAAAUGACAGUAAAGCACAGUGGAAUAAUGUUAUAUGUAUGGGUAGCAGAGGAGUCAGGAAUGUUUUUAAAAGUUAAGAAAACACAUGGUAGCAAUAAUGGGGUAAGGGUUUGUGUUAUUGUGAGUUCCGUGCAAUGACGGUUUGUGGGAAGAAGCAAAAUCAGAAUUUGUUCUGGUUCUGAUGGACCGGUAGCAGCUGCCAGAGGGCAGCGGGUCAAAGGGGGGAUGGCUGUGUGGAUGUUGAAACCUGUGAUUGCUUCAGUUCAUCUGAGGGAGUGCGGGACAUGUACUGUAUUUUCACGACCGUAAGGUGCACCAUAUUAAAAGGUGCAGUCUCAGUUACGGCGUCUAGUUCUGUAUUUAACACGGCAGGUUCCCUCUCGUCAUUGUCUGAGUCAGUCUCGUCGCCGCGCGGCUCCUCGCGAAUGACGCCGGCUUUUACGAAAGCUCGAACAACAGCGCAAGCAGACACGUUAGCCCGAGCAUCCACAAUCCAGUCACAAAUUGUGGCGUAAGGGUUAGGGCUAACCCUGCUGUCCUGACUCACGUCCACCUUCAUCUAUAUAAGCAGUGUGUCGGCAGGAAAUGCUCCCAGUCAGUCCAGCGGAGCGCUCAUUAAAGUCACACAACAACAUUUACAGGUUUUGGUUGUGAAAAAUACGGUAUAUGUCCUUCAGGAAAUGGAGGGGACAGACGGUAAUCCUCUGUGCUGUCUUGACCACUCUCUGGAGCCUCUUGGUUCUACCUCAGUGCAGUGGGAAAACCACACAGAGGAGGGGCUAGUGACAGGGGUGACAGACAGCCAUUCAGACUAACAUUCACACCAAUGGUCAAGUGACUGUUUUUGGACUUUUUAGGGGAAUCCAGAGUAAUCAGAGAGACCAUGCAAGCAAAAGGAAAAUGUAUGCACAAAGGCAAAAAUAGAGGAUUGACCUGAUGAAUAACAAAGAAUGUAGUGAUUUACUUACACUAUACAGGUAUGCAUAUGAUAAAGAAUAAAUAUAAGAAAUACUGCUAGUGAAUCAUCGGUCAAUUUGUGUUUGCACAUUUGUAUCCAAUGUCCUCAUCACUUGUAGGUCUCUUGUUGUCCUUGUCUCACUCAAUUUUGCUCUGUUUAAUUCUACUACUAGCCAUUUCUUGCAAAGGUUAUGUUUGCACACUCUGUUCACUGACUGAAAAACUCAGCCAAGCUUACCUGUAAUGGACUGUAUUGAAUAAUGCAUUAAAAAAUUUAAACAGG